AUGGGUGUCCCAGUGGAGUAUAUCCAGAUGUGUCAAGGCCUUUACGCCGACGCAGCGUUCUUUGUAGGCAACGCUGUCGACGGAUCAACGGCAGCGAUCAAGCAGCGUGUCGGGGUGUUUCAGGGGUGCCCGCUGAGUCCACACCUAUUCUCAGCGGCUAUUAGCCCCCUUCUCCAUGCGCUCCAGCGACUCCAUGAUUCAGGUGUGCAGCUCUCGGGUGAUGACCGCUUUGGUGUAUCGGCUUAUGCCGACGACCUUAAGAUAUUCAGCAGCAGCAAGGCGGGCGUCACGAAGCAACAUGGACUCGUUGCAGAGUUUCUGGCUUGGACAAACAUGACAGCCAACCCUGCCAAGUGUCGCAGUAUGGGGGUGCGACGCAACAGUAGUGGUGCUGUUGAGGCUGAUGACCUCCAGCUUACGCUCGAUGACACGAUGAUCCCUACGAUGACGCACAUGCAGUCGUACACGUAUCUGGGGAUCGGCGAUGGUUUUGACAACAUUCGUCGCCGGGUUGAACUUGCACCCAAGCUCAAGUCGCUGAAGCAGGACGCAACGGCACUGAUGGCAUCUGGCCUCGCACCAUGGCAGGUGAUAAAAGCCGUGAAAGUGUACAUCUACCCCCGGGUGGAGUACGCUCUCCGGCACCUGCGGCAUGAAGAUCAACACUUGGAGAGUUUCGAUCUCCAUCUUCGCCGGGGACUUCGCCACCUGCUGCCCUUGCCCAAGAACGCGACAAAUGACUUUUUCUACGCUCCAGUGUCUCGUGGAGGUCUAGGCCUGUUUCUCCUGGUGGAUCUACACGCAGCGUUGCAAAUUGCACACGGAUGGCAGAUUUUGCACUCACCAGACCCAGCCAUCCGUCGUGCCGCGCGCGAGCAGAUCUUCCAAAUUGCCGAUAUUCGGCAUCGCUUAGACCGUGCCCAUUGGCAAGAAAGACGCGAAGAGCUGUGUGAGCUGUUUCUGAAUGGGGAGCUUGUAACGUCAGCUCAUACUCCGCCCAAGCGGCGUAAUGGUGACAUCGGCUCGUUGUGGGUCGAUCCACUCCAGCUUCGUGUACCCCACCACGCCGAGUGGUUGGACCAGCAAAAUGUGCUGCGACACGUGAAGCAGCACCUGAGGAACUUGCGCUGGCGGGCAUGGUGUGCCCACAAGGAUCAAGGAAAGAUGGCGCGCGCACGGGGGCGUCGGCAGCGGAUUCAUCACACGGCCGCGUGGCAUGUGGGAAACCGACUACCGCUUCGCCGUGGCCGCCCGUCUCAACAUGCUAAAUACAAGCGAUGUGCUCUCGCGCAGACGUCAACGCGCACAUGA